AGUACUGGCGAUGACAUUUGGGAUAACUGACAUUGUAUGAUAAAUACGUAGUCAACUCAACAGUUCCCCCUAUUGGCACUUACUAUAUAAGGUUGGCUUAACGAUCUGUUGGCAGGUAAAAUGGAUCGAGUAUUUCUGAUUCUCUCUGUGGUUGUGACCAGCAAUUGGGCCACAGACUAUAACCUCUUGCCCGAGGACCCGGAUUUGUAUGUGCCAUGCACAGACGGGCCUCCUGGAUCGUUUGGACUUAGCGAAGCCGUCGACAUGACCAACAUAGUGAUCGACCAGGAUCCCGACGGCAUUCAUAUAUCGGGAAACUGCACUGUCGUCUGGAAUAUACCCCUCACCGAUCGCAUUGCUGCCAGGAUGGUUGUGAUGCACUAUGACCGCGGUACCUGGGAACCUACUGUGUUCAGUAUCCACACACCAAACAUUUGCCAGGUGAUGUUCGAUGAGGAUCAAUACUGGUUCAAAAACUGGUUUAAACAUUUUGCUAAUCGCGAGGAAAUCAGCGAGAAGUGCCUCGGUACGAAAGGCACCGUUCUGGUAUACAAUCCAUUUACUGUAAGACCGCGUCUGGAGAACAUACAUGGCCCCAUUUUUAAUGGUCGCUACAAGGCGGUGGUUACCUUUGAACCGUACGACGAAAAUAACAUAAAACGACCGUCUUCUCUGUGCUUCGAGAUCAGAGGCGAGGCCGAGAGGAUAAAAAAUUUUAAAAUUUAAGAUUUCGUUUUUAUUCAAUUGUGCUAUUUAGCUGCAAAGUGCCUAAAGCCUAUUGGUUUUUUUUAAUACACAGUGCUUUUAAGGCAGAGCAUGCCGAAAUAAAAAUGAUGUUGGUUAGAUUAAAGUUUGUUUUGAACUAUAUCUAAAUUAGUAUACCCUCGCUGAGGGCAUUAUAACUUCAGUCAAAAGUUUGCAUGGCAGUGAAGGAGACAUUUCCAACCCUAUAAAGUACAUACAAGUAGUCCGUC